UAGCUGCCGCGUCGUCACAGCCGCUGGCCGCCGUCCAAACUGGAUCGGAGUAAUGACUAACUGAGCUUCCUCCCGCAGGGCGGAAACAGUUAAACUCCUGUGACAGCUGCAAUCAUCAAGGCGUGGCUUUCUUGUCUGACUUGGGCCGCACAAGAUCCUGGGACAAGGGGCAGAGGAAGGACGGCUCCGGCUCCAGAGUCUUCCAGAUGGCUGAGUUGGAUCUGAUGGACCCAGGGCCACUGCCUGGGAUCCCGGCUCACCCUCUGGCCACUGUCAGCCCAGACCCUGGGUCAGGCAGCCUGGCGGAAGAAGAGGACAUGGGAUCCCUGGGGAGCCCUCAGGCGGAGAUGGAGGGACAGGGCAGUGACUCUGCAGGACAGGGGGAUCCUGACGGUGAGGGGGAGGCAGAGAUCCUAUGUGACUUCUGCCUUGGUACUGGCAGGGUGAAGGCGGUCAAGUCCUGCCUGACCUGCAUGGUGAAUUAUUGUGAGGAGCACCUGCGGCCUCACCAGGAGAACAGCAGACUGCACAGCCACCAGCUGACCGAGCCCGUGAAGGACCGGGACCUGCGCACCUGCCCUGCCCACCACAGCCCACUGGUCGCCUUCUGCCGCCCCGACGGGCAGUGCAUCUGCCAGGAGUGUGGCCAGGACGAGCAUAAGGGCCAUUCCUCGGUUUCCUUGGAUGCUGCCCGGAGGGACAAGGAGGCUGAGCUUCGGGACACCCAGUUAGAGCUGGAACGGAAGCUGAAGUUGAAUGAAAACGCCAUCGCCAGGCUCCAAGCCAAUCACAAAUCCGUUUUGCUGUCGGUGUCAGAGGUGAAGGCGGUGGCUGAGGAGCAGUUUGGGGAACUGCUUGCCGCCAUGAGGAAGGCCCAGGCCGACGUGAUGCUCUUCUUGGAGGAGAAGGAGCAAGCGGCUCUGAGCCAGGCCAACGGCAUCAAGACGCACCUGGAGCACCGGAGUGCACAGAUGGAGAAGAGCAGGCAGGAGCUGGAGAGGAUUGCUGCCAUCAGCAACACCGUCCUGUUCCUGGAGGAGUACUGCAAGUUUAAGAACACUGAGGACAGUGCCUUCCCUAGUGUUUACAUUGGACUCAAGGACAAGCUCUCGGGCAUCCGCCGGGUCAUCACAGACUCCACGGUGCACUUAGUUCAGUUGCUGCAAAACUACAAGGAGAAGCUCCAGGAUUUCUCCAAGGAAGAGGAGUAUGAUAUCAGCACUCAAGUGUCUGCUGUUGUCAAGCGCAAAUAUUGGACCUCAAAACCUGAGCCCAGCACCAGGCAGCAGUUCCUCCAAUAUGCAUGUGACAUCUCUUUUGACCCGGACACGGCGCACAGGUAUCUCCGGCUGCAGGAGGACAAUCGCAAGGUCACCAACACCACGCCCUGGGAGCACCCCUACCCGGACCUCCCCAGCAGGUUCGUGCACUGGCGGCAGGUGCUGUCUACACAGAGCCUUUACCUGCACAGGUACUAUUUCGAGGUAGAGAUCUUGGGAGCGGGCAGUUAUGUUGGCCUGACCUGCAAAGGCAUCGAUCGGAAAGGGGAGGAGCGCAAUGGUUGCAUUUCUGGAAACAACUUCUCCUGGAGCCUCCACUGGAACGGGAAGGAGUUCACAGCCUGGCAUAGCGACACGGAAACCCCGCUCAAAGCCAGCCCUUUCCGGAGGCUGGGGAUCUAUGUGGACUUUCUGGGAGGGAUCCUCUCCUUCUAUGGGGUAGAGCCCGAUGCCAUGACUCUGAUACACAAGUUUGAGUGCAAGUUUUCAGAGCCGGUCUACCCUGCCUUCUGGCUUUCCAAGAAGGAAAACACCAUUCGGAUCGUGGAUCUGGGGGUGGAGCCUGAGAAGCCCAUGCCAGUGGGCUGAGAAGCCCGGAGCGUCCACCAAGGCUGCGCCCUAGACCCCAGACUCUUGCUGACCACAAAGACCAGCCAGCCGCUUGCAUCUUAAGGGGGACUUGGGGAUGGAAAGGUCUGCCAGUGGCUUUAGGAAUCACGUGGGUUCCUGCACGAAGGGAGAGGUCUCUGGCUUUCCCCUUUUACUUCUGCUGUGCUGUUCUCCGUGUUCUCUACUCCUUAGGCACCUAUACCCCGUUUCUCAUCUUCUAGUGAUGUUCUCCUCUCUGCUCAGGUGAAUGUCACACUGUGCCCAGGUUUGGUGCCCAGGAAUCUUCAGCACGAUCACAGAGAUUGCAGAGUAAUCAGAAUCAAUUGCAGACUCUAUUUUGUGUUGCCUACGCCCCAGACACUGUUCUGGAUGCCGCAUGGCCAUCGACUCCCAACUUCACGGUGGCUCCCUGGGGGUCCAGGCUCCCAUCAUCCUCAGUUUACAGAUGGGGAACCCGUGGCCCCGGGGUGGGGGGAUGGUCAGUGAACUUGCUCAAAGUCAUUGCAUUCACACGGUGAGCCAGUGGCAGAGCUGGAGUUGGAAUUUGGGCAGCUGAUGCAGAGAUUUUUAACCACUACACGAUGCUGCCCUCCUCAUUCCAUCCUGGGUGUUGUGCGUAAGGGGAUAAGCUACAUGAUGAACUCCUCAGCAUGGACGUCGAGCCUCUUAAACCCUCCGUGCCUUCGCGUCCACUCCGUCUGGGCCAGCUAGCAGCUGAGACCUCACUACCUCACCCCGCAGCUCAUCGGAUUUUUGGAUAGCGACGAUGCUAAGAAAUGUCUUCCCGGAGUUGGAGUCUUAGUCCUCAUGACCUCAGGGGAGGGUCUCACCUCAAGAUGUGGACUUGUCCCAUCUCUCAUUCAGAGGACCGCCCUUCAAAUACUUGGAGGCAGUUCUCACGCGUACCCUCCAGGAAAGUCGUCUUGUUUUCACACUACAUUUCCCACUUUCCUUCAUAACUUCUGGGUCGUUUCCUGUGAACCGCGUCAGGCAAGUCUCCUCCUCUGUCCGUCUGAUGGUCCUUUCUCAAGAGUACAUUGCUUUGAGUCACUUACUUUGUUCCCAGAGACCCUGCCCUCUCUAUUCGUGUCCUAGGAUUUAUACAGAGUAGGAUUUGAAUUGUUUUUAUCAGAUGUUUUGAAAUUUGAAUUUUACUGAGUUCAUUUUUUUUUUUUUUACUUGAAUUUAAAAUUUCACAGCAUCAUUGCUCUGCUCACCGAGAGGCUUUUGAUUCUUGAUUCUGGAGUCCGUAGAUGAGUGCUCCUUCCUAGCGUGGUGUCCCCCACAGAGCCGGUCAACUUUCCUAAUUAAUCUUAUUGAUACCUAUUGAUGAGGGGAGGGUCAAAUAGGGAAUCUGGCACCCCCCCCCAGUCAAUGCCUUUUGAGUUUGCAGUAAGUUACACUUUGGUAAAACUGUACACUGAGGUCGCCCACUUUUAGCCCUUCAUCCACCAGACACCAGGAAGGACUUCUCCAAAGGGAGAAACCAAGACACGUCUGCCUUUCCUCAUUCCUCCUGUCUCACAAGGCGCUCAGAAGAGAAAAGGAGAACACCUUGGCCUGCUCUUGUUUUUAUGGAACCACUGUGGUUUAUUGGUGCAGCUGCUUAUUUUCUGAAUGCUCACCAAAGGCUUGAUUAAACCAUUUUAAGGUUUCUCUGCUGUGAGUUAACAUCAAGUUGAUGAGUCUUUUGCUUCCAGAAUGUACCUUAUUUUUCUUUUUAAAAGCUGAGGCAGUUUUGUGUGUCCCCAUCGUCUGUCACUUUUCCUCAUUUCUCGAAGAUUACUGCCUGGCUUUUGGUCACAUUGGCAAACAGUGUCCGUGUCAUGAGAUGUAGCUUUUUGAGGUCAGAAUGCCGGAGCUUAUAAAGGGACCGUUUGGGCAUCUCCUUAACUGACUUGAGCUUCAUUUCCCUGCCAGCUCCUUUUUUGUUCAUUCAGUUUCAGUGUCAACCUUCCCUUUUUGAUACAGAAGACCAAAGCAAAACUGAGAGUUAGAAACACCUACUUUCUGUCUGUCAUUGCUUCCACUGACGGGCAUAUCUUUUUGCUUAUUCCUGGUCCCCAAACAGAAAUUGUUUAAAAUGAACAAAUUUUAAAAAAUAAAUAAAUAAAGCAAGAGAACAAAGGCCUAUUUUAUAUUCUGUCAUUUCCCCCAAGCUCUGUGUGUGUGUUGUGUGUGUACAUCACCCUUCUGUAUUUACCUACACUUACUUCCUCUUGCUCUGUGUAGACACAUUUGGGGAAAAAAGUCUGAACUCAUCAGGGGCUCCUUCUGGUGCGUGAUUGUCUUGUUCCGUUACUAGACCACUUGUGAUUGUGGGGUCAGAAUGUAAUUUUAGCCACUACGUAAUUCAUUCCUGUCUCAACUUGUUGAAGUUCAAGUGCUUAUGACUUCUUUUCCAGGAAUGUUAGAGAACCUGAGUAAAUUCCCACGUCUUCCCAAGCUUUAUGAUGGAAUGAGGAAAUAAGAAUUUUGGCCCAAUUGUGGAACCCUUAUUUCUCUAGCUGGGUUCAGCAUGUUUUUGGAAUGACUGUCCUGAAAUAAAAUGAAAUGGAUUCAA